AUGGGGCUAGACGGUGCUGAAGCAAAUUUUGCAACACAUUACUGCCUUCCAACUACUGGAAAUGGUUUUAACCUCACAGUUCAUACCUUCAAGCCCACAGACAUCUGCACUCUGACAGCAGUUUCACAGUCCCUGCUUGCAGGAAGUAUCCGAGGAACUGCCAGGCCAAGAGACCCAUUUCAGCAAAGAGCCUUGCUAGAAGGCAGGCUGCCUGUGGUUGCAGGGUUAACUCACCUUUGGACUCUCAGGUUUGUUUCUUGGGACUUUGAACCGACCUCAUGCCCCUCCCUGACCCAUCUGGACACCUGUUCAGUGAAGGGCCUUGUUGGAAGGUGGGCUGCCUACAGCUACAGGAAAUAUAAUGUGAGUUUGAUCAGUAGCAGGAGCAGAGGGUGGAUCCCAGAGAGCCCUGAGCAGCCCCACCGCCGCUGCCGGCCUUGUUACCAUCACAACCUGGAAGGAGCUGCAGCUGCCCCAGCGGACCCCAGUCACCACCAUCAUAACCGUGAGCAGCGAGGUGGAGACCCAGCCCCCACACUCAGUGCUGCCAACACCAAGCCUGGCACCAGGGGCAGUGGUGCAGGGAGCAGCGGCCUGGGCGGCCUCACAUCCCUGGUGCCUGCCAGCAGGGACAAGAAGGUCAUCACAAGGAAGGUUUUGGGAAUAGUAGAAUGGUUCAAUGUAAGAAAUGGAUACGGUUUCAUCAACAGGAAUGACACCAAGGAAGAUGUAUUUGUACACCAGACUGCCAUAAAGAAGAAUAACCCCAGGAAGUACCUUCGCAGUGUAGGAGAUGGGGAGAUUGUGGAGUUUGAUGUUGUUGAAGGAGAAAAGGGUGCGGAGGCAGCAAACAUUACAGGCCCUGGUGGAGUUCCAGUUCAAGGCAGUAAAUAUGCAGCAGACCGUAACUAUUAUAGACGCUAUCCACGUCGUAGGGGUCCUCCAUGCAAUUACCAGCAAAAUUACCAGAAUAGUGAGAGUGGGGAAAAGAAUGAUAGAUUGGAAAGUGCUCCUGAAGGCCAGGCCCAACAACACCAGCCCUACCUCAGGCGAAGGUUCCCCCCUUACUACAUGUGGAGACCCUAUGGGCGUUGACCACAGUAUUCCAACCUUCCUGUACAGGGAGAAGUGAUGGAGGGUGCUGACAACCAGGGUGCAGGAGCACAAGCUAGACCAGUCAGGCAAAAUAUGUAUCAGGGUUAUAGAUCACGAUUUCACAGGGGCCCUCCUCGCCAAAGACAGCCCAAAGAGGACGCCAAUGAAGAGGAUAAGGAAAAUCAAGGAGAUGAGACCCAAGGUCAGCAGCCACCUCAAAGGCGGUACCAACACAACUUCAAUUACCAAUGCAGACGCCCAGAGAACCCUAAUCCACAAGACUGCAAAGAGACAAAAGCAGCCAAUCCACCAGCUGAGAAUUCGUCCCCUCCCAAGGCUGAGCAGGGCGGGGCUGAGUAAAUACCAGCUUACCAUCUCUACCAUCAUCCAGUUUAG